CUUUUCUAAACGUAACGAUGUCUAUAGAAUAUUGGCAAGAAAAUAUUAAUGACGACUAUGAAAGAUUAUUUGAAACUGAUGAAGGAUACGACGUUAUUAUUUAUGCCGGUGAAAAUGAAAAUAUUAAAGAAUUUCAUGCACAUUCAAUUAUUUUACGUACCAGAUCACAAUAUUUUUGUACAGCAUUUUCUAACGUAUGGGAAAAGAAAAAGGAUGGGAAAUUUAUUUUAGAAAAACCAAAUAUUUCUCCUAAAAUUUUUAAAAUUAUUUUAAGGUUUAUUUAUUGUGGAAAAAUUGAUUUCACAAAAUUAGAAGGGCUUGAAUUAUUAAAAUUAUCUAUGGCAGCUGAUGAACUUAACAUUCAAUCUUUAAUCCCUCGUGUCGAGGAAUAUUUAAUUAAACAUCAAUUUAAAUUUUUACAACAAAAUCCUACAGGAAUUAUUGAAACAAUUUAUCAAAAUGAAUCUUUUACGAAUCUAUUAGAUUUUUGUCUUGACGAAAUCUGUAAAGAGCCUGAAAUAUUAUUUAAUUCUGAAAAUUUCACUAGCUUAAAAGCACCUAUAAUGGAAUUGCUUUUAAAACGGGAUGAUUUGUACUUAAAUGAAAUUGAAAUAUGGGAUAGCUUAUUGAAAUGGGCUUUUGCACAAAAUUCUACUAUUCCGAAAGAUAUCACUAAAUGGAACAAAGAGGGAGUUACAAUUAUGAAAAGAACUCUUCAUAGAUAUAUUCCUUUAAUUAGAUUUUAUCAUAUAUCUUCAGAAGAUUUUCAUGAUAAAGUAUAUCCUUUAAAAAAAUUAUUACCAAAAGAAUUAAUUAAUAAUCUUUUUACAUUUUAUUUAGUACCAAAUAGAAAAAUAAAUAUUGACAUGCAACCUCCUAGGAGAUGGUAUGAUUCAGUUAUUGUUGAUUUUCAACAUUUUGCAUUAUUUGCUAGUUGGAUUGAUAAGAAAAAUGGUAAUUAUUUAAGAAAUAUCCCCUACAAUUUCAAUUUAUUAUAUCGUUCUAGUAGGGAUGGUAAUACUGUUGCAAAAUUUCAUGAAAAAACUGAUAAUAAAGGAGCCAAUAUUGUUGUUGUAAAGAUUAAAAAUACAAAUCAAAUAAUCGGAGGAUAUAAUCCAUUGGAUUGGGGUGGUAAUAGCCAUUUUAAAACUACAGCUGAUAGUUUUAUAUUUUUAUUUAAAGAUUACAAAAAUACUGAUACAGGGAAGAUUGGAAGAGUGAUUAAAAAGGAAGAUGCUAUAUACUGUUAUAGUAAUUAUGGUCCGACUUUUGGUUCAAGUCUUAAUAGUGGUAGUUGUGAUUUAGAGCUACGUUCAAGUGGCAACAGAUGGAGUUCAUCUCCAAAUUCUUAUCCUGAUAUUGAUAUCCCAAGAAACUAUGAGAUUGAAAAUUAUGAAGUAUUUCAAGUUGUUAAAAAGAAUUAAAAAAGAAAGUCGUUUGUAUUCUUCUUGUACUAUAUAGUUUUAUAGGUUAAAUUUAUAUUAACCAUUUUUCAAUAAAUUAUAUUUUUUUAACUUAAGCCUUAA